CAGAUACCAGGGACACACGCCUGUAUGGUGUUUCAUGAAACGCUUUUAUCUGUAGUAUGAACCACAGCCCUCUGCAAUUUCAGGACAUUAGGAUUCUAAUGAUUGACUUCCAAAAAUACAAACAUCAAACGCCACGGAACAGUCAGGUUUGGCCUAUCUCGACGGGGAAGCCACUGUGACAGUACGCGAAGGGAGGUCGAUCUUAAUUCUCCAUAACAAAAGUACAAAGGCCAGUCGGAGACCAAAGACAAUUUAACACCUCCCUCCGUCCGCGCGCCCAGGCGGCGCCUCGACGGAUAGACCGCGUCUCUCAUUAGGACAAGAUGGGACGACCUGAAAGAUGCAGAGGUGAGGGAGGGGGUGGACAGCGACUACAAAAACAACUCAUCUUACCGCUCAAAAACGAACUUGGCUGGAUAGACAACCGGUUGAGGGGAGCUGAUUUCUUUUUGGGGCCUGUUCUUGGGCCGCUUUGUGCAAAAUGAAAAGCUUGUGAAAAUCGGCUUGGGAAAUAUUUGGAUUACUAGCAGUGGACUACAGAGAAAGUGAAAAUCGACAGUAAAAUGUCAGAAGGCAGGGAGUCUCCAGUGUCUACUGUUGUUCAGGCUGACAGUGACCAGGGAGAGGAAGAUUGCCCUCGCAUUUCAUUGCUGAACGGAAUAGACCAAAGUCGGCGUCAUCGGACCGCGUUCACACGGGAGCAGUUGAAUCGCCUCGAGCAAGAAUACUGCAAAGAAAGUUACGUGUCCAGACCCAGACGAUGUGAACUGGCUGCUGCGCUGAACUUACCCGAGACCACAAUAAAGGUCUGGUUUCAGAACAGAAGAAUGAAGGACAAGAGGCAACGUCACAGCCUACACUGGCCAAAUCCACUGGACCCAAACAUGUGUGCAUUUAUGGUAAAUCAGGCAGCCUCUGGACUGCCCUACCCACUGUUACCCCACAUACCCCUUCAUCUGUACUCUCAUCUGAGCAUGGGUAGCCUCUCCAGUUACUCAAACCCUUAUGUUGCCACCACAAGGCAUGUGGACAGUCUGCACCUCCCAUCCUCGUCUUACCCUUGGCUAGGUGGACUUCCACAGCCGGCACUGUACUCCCAUGCUCAGACAAUGCACCAUCCUGUGGCAUGCCCUUGUCCCCAUUGCCUCCACUGGAGACCAGAACAAAUGCUUAAAGCCAGAGCGGGGGCCAGCCUGGGGUUACGCAACUCAAAACCUUUUGCAGUGCUUCAGGAUAAUAGCAAAGAGGUGUCUUUGCCUCAGUAAAGGGGAUGCCAAGUUGUAUUUCAACUCAGUAUCACGAAAUUACGCACCUAUAGCCAAGUCUUUUCCGUGAAACGGACACGUUUUUCCGCCUUUUUUGCAUGUCACGUAUUUCGUGUCAUUGUUACGUAUUUGUUACUCAACUGUUUGUCCUAUUUUCUUACCAUUGUCACUUUGGUUUAGGGUUAGAUUUACAUAAAAUGACAUCCGUACCCAACUAUAACCCUAAUGACAGGCGACAAUGGUUUAAAAAUUAUAAAAUAUAAAAAAUAAAUCAUGAUAAAAAGGUAUAAACCAAUACUUAAAGUGCCAUCAAACACCAAAUCUAACCCUAAACCGAAACGCCAAUGGUUUGAAAAAAGAACAAAACCAUUGAGUAACAAAUACGUGACUGUGAAACAUAAACAGAAAUACGUGACAUGUUCACGCAAAAAGGCGGAAAAACGUGUCAGUGUCCCGGAAAAGACUCACAAAUUUACGUGACUAUAGGUACAUAAUUUUAUGAUACAGGGUUGUGUAUUUAUGUAUCCGUACAGUUAAAGAUUUGAAAUUUAGAAUCACUGGAGAAGUGUGUAGGUCAUAUUUGUUAUUUUCCUGAAUAUCUUACUGUGCUGUUGACCGUUGUGCCUUCUUAAAAUACAUCACUGUUUGUUUAUAAACAUUUUUAUCUGCCAUUGCAGUUUUUGCACCUGAACAGUGUGGUAGAUUUACCUGUGUAAAUAUAUGUUUUCAAAAAUAUAUAUGACAAAUUUGAGUAUUAAAAAUAUUUAUGGAAAAAUUA